AGCCGAGCUGGGAAGGAGGCUCCUUUUCAGGCCGGGGUUCCUGGGCCGGCUCCCCUCCCCUCCCCUCCCCUCCCCUCCCCGCCUGGGUCCGGGUCCGGCAGGAAAAAGGCGUGAAAAGAAGGAGGGAAGGAAGGAAGGAGAGAAGGAGAGAAGGAGAGACAGAAGGAGAAAGAGAGAGAAGGAGGUCCAGAGGCGGGCGGGCUGCGUUCGGGCAGGACCCGGUCCAGACGGUGCCAGCUGCCAAGGAGAAGCCUCGUCGGGGAAGGAGAGAGAAGCAACGUUUUCCCCCUUGAUAUCCGAGGGAGGAAGAAAGGAAGGCAGGCCAGGAUGAUAGGCAAUGUGUCCGAGAGUUGGCUCCACAAACUCAACACGAUGCUGAGAGUCCUGAACCAGACGCUGCAGCACGCGGAGUCUUGUGCCCAAGGCGUGAAUCACAUGAAGGAAGAGGCCGUGGAGGAGCAGGAGACCUACGCCUACAUGUACAUCCUCUUCGUCAUGGUCCUCUUUGCGGUGACUGUGGGCAGCCUGAUCCUGGGAUACACGCAGUCCGGGAAGGAGGUGGACAAGCAGAACGACCCCUACCACGUGUACAUCAAGAACCGGGUCUCCAUGAUAUGAGAACGUUACAAGAGCUGCUGGAGAUGGUGUGUCUUCGCAGCAUCCUUCCGUAGUGACUCUUUAGGAAUCCAAAGAAGCAUUUGCACCUUGUACCUCUGAAGGAUGCAAGAAGACUUCUUUUCAGAGGCAAAAGCAAAGUGUGCGAAAGAUUACACUAUGUAACACUAUUUUUUUUUUGUUCCUGGGUUAUCAAUGUCAUUUCCUAAUUGGUUCUAUCAUAAAAAACAUGGGAAAGGUUUAUUGUUCUACAGAUACUUCGUUUUUGCGGGAGGGACACAUUUUGCUCUAAUGUCUCAAUAUCCCAUAGAGCAACAUUUCUCAACCUGGGGGUCAUGAGGGGGCUUCAGUGGGGUCACCAAAGACAUCAGAAAACACAUACCAUAUAUACUCGAGUAUAAGCCAACCCAAAUAUAAGCCGAGGCACCCAAUUUUACCACGAAAAACUGAAAUAACUUAUUGAUCUGAGUAUAAGCCGAGGGUGGGAAAUGAAGCAGCUACUGGUAAAUUCCAAAAUAAAAAUAAAUACCAAUAAAAUUACAUUAAUCGAGGCAUCAAUAGGUUAAAUAAUGUAUAUAUAUAUAUAUGGAUAUAGAUAUACAGGUACAUGGAUCUAUAUGUAUAUAGGAUUUGCAAAGAUCUGCAAACAUAUGAGGGGAAACUUCAUAUAUAAAAUUAAUGUAUAUAGAUAGAUAAUAAGUACAUAGGGAUUGCAAAUGCAGGCAGGGGGUUAAUGCCUGUAUAUCUUGUAGGAGAGUUUAACAAAUAUUUCAGGGGAAAAUGCUUUUAUAAAUUAAUGGAUAUAUGUUUUUCUUCUUCCUGACUUGCAAGGGCGUAUUUCCCUUUUCAAAACACUCCCUUGUUUAAGAGCGAGGGAGACUUUGCAAAAGUAAACACACUGAUAAGGGAGGAGAAGAGAGAAAUAUAUGAUAUAUUCCAAGCAAUGGCCUCCAGGUUCUGUUGCCCGGCCUUGAUCUUGACCCCAUUAUAAGCCGAGGGGAGCUUUUUCAGCUCAAAAAAAAAAAGGGCUGAAAAUUCAGUUUAUCUUCAAGUAUAUACAGUAUUUCUGAUGGUCUUAGGCAACCCCUUUGGCAGAGAAGGCUGAAGACCACCUGUCCUUUGGCCUAAUUCUAUCGUUGGUGGGGUUCAAGGGGCUCUUUGAUUGUAGGUGAACUAUGAAUCCCAGCAAGUACAACUCCCAAAUGUCAAAGUCUAUUUCCCCCAAACUCCACCAGUGUUCACAUUUGGCCAUAUUGAGUAUCCAUACCAAGUUUGGUCCAGAUCCAUCAUUGUUUGAGUCCACAGUGCUCUCUGGAUGUAGGUGAACUACAACUCCCAAACUCAACCACUAAAUCUAUCCAGUAUUUUCCCUUGGUCAUGGGAGUUCUGUGUGCCAAGUUUGAUUCAAUUCCAUCAUUGGUGGAUUUCAGAAUACUCUUUGAUUGCAGGUGAACUAUCAAUCCCAGCAACUACAAUUCCCAAAUGGCAAAAUCAAUCCCUCCAAUCCCACCAGUAUUCAGAUUUGGGCGUAUCGGGUACUUGUGCCAAAUUUGGUCCAGUGGAUGAAAAUACAUCCUGCAUAUCAGAUUUUUACAUUACGAUUCAUACCAGUAGCAGAAUGACAGUUACGAAGUAGCAACGAAAAUAAUUUUAUGGCUGGGGGUCAACACAACAUGAGGAACUGCAUUAAGGGGUUGCAGCAUUUGGAAGGUCGAGAUUCAUUGUCAUAGAGUCUUAACCAAUUCAACCUAGUUUUUGGCACAAAAAUGAAGUAAGAUAAUGACCUUUCAAGUAAGUCCUGUUAGGGAAAUCUGUCAGUCAAGUUCGUUUGAGCACAGCCAAAAGGAAGAGACGGACGGCACAUCUGAAUUUCACCACUUUUACUAUUUGCAAAAUAGUAAGAAACAGUUUCAGCGCAUGCUGGAAAUGAACGGCCCACUUUUUUGUGGGUUAGAUUUCCAGUUGUACCAUUUUACAGGCAUGCGCAGGAGGCUAAACAAACAAUGGAAUUUUACCGAGUAAGGUAAUUCUUAGACCACACGCUUGAACAGGAAGCAACACUUUCAAACCAGGAACAGAAAAUGUUUCAAAUUUUGUUACAUAGUGUUAUGGAUCAGUAGAUAUGUCGAUACAGUAGAGUCUCACUUAUCCAACAUAAACGGGCCGGCAGAACAUUGGAUAAGUGAAUAUGUUAGAUAAUAAGGAGGGAUUAAGGAAAAGCCUAUUAAACAUCAAAUUAGGUUAUGAUUUUGCAAAUUAAGCACCAAAACAUCAUGUUAUACAACAAAUUUGACAGAAAAAGUAGUUCAAUACGCAAUAAUGCUACCGGUAUGUAGUAAUAAAUUUAGCACCAAAAUAUCACAAUGUAUUGAAAACAUUGAUUACUAAAAGGCAGACUGCAUUGGAUAAUCCAGAAUGUUGGAUAAGCGAAUGUUUUUGAAACGCAAAAGCACAUAUUCUUUAAUGGAAUAAACACUGUAUUCAUUUCAUCAUUUAAAGAUGAAAUAAAUACUGUAGGCUCUCAGUUAACUGGAACUUAAGCAACUGGACAAAACCUCAACAAAAUAAUACUUUUAAAUUAAAAUAAAACAAUGCUGUUUUGUACAACAAAACUGU